GACCAACUGCAUUCAUUCUCUCUGUUCCUGUUUUCUUUCUGAGAUAGUUUUUGAGUAAAGCUUUUACUGGUUUCUAAGUUAGGCUUCCUGCGUGUGAGUGUGUUUCUGAGUAAAGCUUUUACUGGGUUUCUCAGUAAAGCUUCCUCUGUGUGUGUGUGUGUGUGUGUGUGUGUGUGAGUGUGUGAUGGGAAAGUUGAGUUUGGAUUUGCCACCUGGGUUCAGAUUUAGUCCAACGGACAAGGAGCUCAUCGAACGCUUCCUGAAGGGAAAGAUCACAGGGAAUGAUAAAGAUAUUUACUUUGUUCCCGAAAUUGAGUUUUAUAAACUGGAGCCCUGGGAUAUACAGCGUAAUCUUCUUAUUUUUAUUAUCACACACCCACCUUCAUUUUGGAUAUUGUGUACUUUGUUGUGAAAGAUAUAUGUGGGAUAGAUACAAAGGACCAAGAGUGGUUCUGCUUCAAUGCACAGAGCCUGAAUCAGAAUGGGAAUCGGAAGAACAGGACAACCAUGGAAGGGUUCUGGAAAGCAACUGGUAAAGAUAGGGAAAUCAAGUCCAGAGGGAGUUUAAUUGGAAUGAAAAAGACUCUAGUCUACCAUAGAGGGCGUACUCCUAACGGAGAAGGGACCAAGUGGGUGACGCAUGAAUACCGCACAACCCAGGAUGAGUUUGAUGGAACACACCCUGGUCAGAAAGCCUUUGUCCUCUGCCGCUUAUUCAAUAAUGAAGAAAAGAGUAACAAAGGUCGAUCUGUGAAGUCUAAGCCAGCACUGGCUCCUCCAUCUCCAGCAUUAGAAGUGCAAGUUGAAUCUCAUCAAACAAGUAUUCAGUCUUGUUAUUCUGAAAUUUCUGAUGAAAUGAUGUCUGAUGUUGCAAAAAAUCAAGCAGCAGAAGUGACAUCUACUGAGGUUGGUUUUAAUCUGGAGCAAUCUUCGAAUAUGUUCAAUGUCCUGUACCCUGGCGACUCUCCACCAAGUUUAUCCCCAAUAUCUCUGAGGAUUCAACUCUUAUUAAUCCUCUUAAUAAUCCAGAUGAGUUCUUUCAUAACACAUCUUGCAGUCAAAAUAAUCUUGCUGUUGACAAUGAGACCCUGAAAAACAUGGCCUCUUUUAAGGGCAAUGGGUCAUGCAGUGGGUCAGAUGCCAAUGCACAGGUUGACCAGAUAACUUCCGUUACACCUGCUGUUUCUUCUCCUACCAUAGCCGAAGCUUCUCUUAAUGAAGCAGAGUCUAUGCUAGCACCAGCUUCAGUGCCUCAAGAAUUAGGCAGUGGAGCUGACAAUUAUCCCCCAAGUUUUCGAUUUUCUUGUGCGAAAAAUUCUGAUGGAAUAAUAUCAAACACUAAAACACCCAUUGAGUACAAGAACAAUGGUUAUAAUACUUCUGUUGAUAGAAAUCAAGUGGAAGUAGUCAUAUCUGAUGAGGUGGAGGCAUGCUCGAAUAUAUUCUCCAUCUCACCAGAGCCACUAGUUAGCAACGUGUAUUCCCCAUUUCACUCUCAAGUGCAAGCAGAGUUAUAUUCUUCUUGCACCUAUCACCCUUCCGCCAAUGAUCGUCAUUGGGGGGUGUAUGACCAAUAUGGCACGAAUGAGCCAGAUCCCAUUAUCUUUGAGUCCUGGGAUUCAAUUUAUAAACCAGAUGUGUACUUUCGUAAUGCAUCUUUGAGUCAAAAUAAUCUUGCUGUUGAUGAUGAGAACCUGAAAAACAUGGCCUCUAUUAAGGACAAUGGGUCAUGCAGUGGGUCAGAUGCCAAUGCACAGUCUGAGCAAGAGUAUCAAGGUUUGGUGAGGUUUGAAGAGGUCAUCAAGCCAAAGGUUUCAUCAUCUCUGUGAGGGUCUUCGGAUCUGAUCAUAGGAUCUGGUUGAAGAUCAUAAAAU